UCCCCUGCUCAGCUCCAGCCACCAUGGUGAAACUUUUCAUCGGCAACCUUCCCCGGGAAGCCACCGAGCAGGAAAUCCGCUCCCUUUUCGAACAGUACGGCCGAGUCCUGGAGUGUGACAUCAUCAAGAAUUAUGGGUUUGUGCACAUUGAAGACAAGACGGCCGCCGAGGACGCCAUCCGCAACCUGCACCACUACAAGCUGCACGGCGUCUGCAUCAACGUCGAAGCCAGCAAAAACAAGAGCAAGGCUUCCACCAAGCUGCACGUGGGCAACAUCAGCACCAGCUGCACGAACCUGGAGCUGCGGUCCAAGUUUGAGGAAUACGGCCCCGUGCUUGAGUGUGAUAUCGUGAAAGAUUAUGCCUUUGUGCACAUGGAAAGAGCUGAGGAUGCUGUCGAGGCCAUCAGAGGCCUCGACAACACAGAAUUCCAAGGUAGGCUAUUUGAGGGCUGGACAUCGGGUUCCUGCGGCGCGUUCACGUCAAAGCUAUGCCAGGCUUCAGGAAGUGUCGAUUUUGUGUUUAGCAUGGUCUCGCUAAUGGACAUUCUGUGUCUCUGCAAUGCUUAGUGACAACUAACAGUCCGGUCCCCGUUCUGUUUUAAAGGAAACAACACGUUCCUCCUCUCCCCCCCCUCCCCCCAGGCAUUAUUGGUAAGAGGGGAGGGGACGGCUGUAGGGAUUGGGGAGAGAAGGUUGUUGAUAACUGGCCUUGUGCCCUUGGCUUUGGUCGAGCUCAGUCUAACUUCGAGCAUAGACAGAGGGACCCCCAGAAUAAACAAGAGACAAAUACGUGGCCUUCCAAGGCUAACUUUGAGCCAAUUCGUUCCAGUUCGAUUUUGCAAUUUCUCCUCCCCUGUGUAGGCUCAAUUUUGGAAUAAAAUAAUUCCAGUUCCUUCUUUUUUUCUAUUAUGAGAAGACAUUGUCAUAUUUGAUAGUUGCCUGCGUUUGGACUGUAGAAAGCUUUCCUUUUGCUAUGGAUAUUAUUAACCUGUGACUUUUUGUUCUUUUGAAAUUGACAUUUCUCUCCUUUUUUCCCCCUUCUCCAAUAAAAUAAAACAUUUUUAACAGAUCCUUGAAAGUGUCUGCGUUGUGCAAUUCAGGUUUGAAAGGACGAGCUCGCCUAUUGUCAACAUGCUUUGCAAUUUUGCAGCCGAGUAAAAUGGGCUGCUGGGAAGAAUGUGAUCCUUUUCAAGAGCCAGAAGCUUAAAAGUUUAUUUUCCUG